AUGCUCAGUUUUUAUUCUGCUCUUACUAUGAGUGUGCAAAGUACAUAUAAAUUCAGUAUCGAAGAAGCGUUUGAACGCAGACAUAGCACCAGAAAUUUCAAAGAUACACCAUUCUCAGAAGAGAAGAUGAGCAUUAUCAGAAAGGCUGCUGAAAGAGCUAACAAAAUUGCACAGGAAAGGAAUUAUGAAGUUGAACUUGUUGUUGCUCCUCCAGGUUUCGGCAGAAUGAAUAUGCUCGUCAACGAGAAAGGCUGA